UGAGUGUAUUGCUUCCCUAAUGCUAAGUGGCUGCUGCAGUCAGAGAGGAAGGCGCUCGCUGGUUUCAUUUCCAGGACAGCGUGCCAGUGGAUGUUGAUGUACAGCACCCCCAGGGGCUGGCGAUUUGAAGGCGGCAGGUUGCCCUUUCCCCGGCACGCCAGUUUUGUGUGCGCGUGGGUGGCUUUCCUCUUGCCUGGGAAUGGAUGGUCGUUUUUUGGAGGGCAGAUCAAGGCUGCCGUGCUAGGCUCCUUGAGGGACCCGCUGGCGAGGAGGGAUUGUCUGUCCCCGGAGGAAUGAAAGCCACGUAACAGGAGAAAUACUAAAGAGCCCGAAGACAUUCUCAUUGCUUCUGCCCUUUGCCUCCCUUGCCAGCCUUGGCUGGGUCUGUGGCCACUAUCGCUUUGAAAGGGAGCAGCUGGAAAGGUGGGAAGGAGGAGGUGGCUCAUCAUGGCCUUGGCGGACAAUGCAAGCUGUGCCAAAUCCAGCGAUGACUUCCUUUUCCCAGAGAUCAUUGAGCUCAAUGUGGGUGGGCAGGUCUACAUCACACGCCACCCCACCUUGGUCAGUGUGCCCGGCUCACUGCUCUGGGAAAUGUUCACUCAGAAGAACAUCCGCUCCUUGGCCCGGGACAGCAAGGGCCGCUUCUUCGUGGACCGAGAUGGUUUCCUCUUCCGCUACAUCCUGGAUUACAUGAGGGACCAGCAGCUGGUGCUACCCGACCACUUCCCAGAGAGGAACCGCCUGCAGCGGGAAGCUGAGUACUUCAAGCUACCGGAGCUGGUCAAGAUGUUGUCUCCAAAGCUCAGCAAGCAGAACUCCAUCGGGGAUGACCCAUGCCAAAGUGACCCAGAGGAGCUGUCUCCCAAUGCGGACACGGCCCGCAACCUUGCCUCUGCCAGCGCCGCCCUGACUAAUGCCCCCGUGGGCUCCUUUGCCUCCAGCGGGGUUGGUGCUGGCCCAGACAUCCGAAGGUCAGGUUUCAUCACCAUUGGCUACCGGGGCACCUACACGCUGGGCAGGGACAGCCAGACGGAUGCCAAGUUCCGCAGGGUGGCGCGGAUCAUGGUGUGUGGCAAGACCUCGCUGGCCAAAGAAGUCUUUGGGGACACCUUGAAUGAGAGCAGGGACCCUGACCGACCUCCGGAGAGGUACACUUCCAGGUACUACCUCAAAUUCACCUUCCUGGAGCAAGCCUUUGACAAACUGGCCGACGCUGGCUUCCACAUGGUGGCAUGCAACUCCACGGGCACCUGCGCCUUUGCCCAUGACCAGACAGACGACAAGAUCUGGACCUCUUACACCGAAUAUGUUUUCUAUCGUGAGUGACAGUUAUCAAAAACCAAACACCAAAUGCCAACUCUCCCUCCCCACCUGCUGUGCUGGCUGUUUUCUGUAGAACUUAGACAUCACACCCUUGAACCUUGGUAUUUUUCCUCCUUCCUUUACAUUUGUUUUUCCAAGUCGAACCCUCUCUGGCUCCCUCUUGUACUGGUUAUUGAAUAACACCAACCCUCUUUUCUCCAACUUCCAACGGUAGCUCCCAAUCCUCCCCAGAUCCUGGACUUGGCAGUUCUUGUACAAGGGAAGAGGGGGGAAACAAAUAUCUUUGUGUUGGGGAGAACUGCUCGGGGAUUUUUGCUGCUGGAUAAGCUCACCAGACUUAAUGAGUGAAGAGACGCCGAGCAGAGCUCCAGCCAGGUUGUAAUCGGAACCAAUUCCCAGCCUCACUAUGUGUAUACCCAAGGAAUGCACUGUGUAUGCUGUACCAGAUUUGCUGGGUAACUAGUGCAAGGGGAAUCUCGGUUCCAUGUUAUGGCUGGUGGAGGGAGCAAAGGGGAAAGAGAUCCUGAUACUGUAGAUAUAUUGCCAAUAGCCUAUGUAAGCAGCUUAGCAUUUAGACUGCCAGUGCUUGGAAAGGUUAGAGAGAUAGAGUCGUGCCACUUGUGUUUGCAGCUCUCGAUUCAAAACAUUUUCGCUCUCCUAACUGAGAUGCUUCUUGAUUCUUCGAUAUGGGAGAGAGACACAUACCCCUGUGUAUAUACCUGGGAUAGGACGGGAUGGAGGGGAAGGCCUAUCUGGUAUUUUCACACAACGGGGUGUAUAAUAGACCUUUAGAACUGUUUGAUGUCAGCGUCAAAUUUACCUUCAUCAUUCAGUCACUUAGAGUAGGAAGAAGGUAAUCAGACUCCAGGAGGACCGGCUUUGAUUGCUACAGCGAAUGACAUUCUGGUUUGCCCACAGCUAUGACUAUAUAUUUAUAGAUUAAAGAGAAUCUUAACUGAAAAGGAGGGGGAAAAAAUCUUUGCCGCUUCAUUGGCAACCUCUCGCUAGGUCUCUUUCUAAUUGUGGCGCUCCGCUCUCUGUUCGCGGGCCUGAGGCUGGCUGGCUGCUGCUUUACCAUGCCUGGGCCACAUGUAAUAAAGGAACAAAAAAGA